GAACUGCAGCUGGAGCAAGUGCAAGUGGGCUUCAGUUUCAUUUCCCUCUUGCGAUUUCGCCAAGAGUUUGGUGGCGCUCGUUGCAUAAGCCCCAACAAUUGCACUUGUUUUGCGGCAGAUUCAAUUUCAUCUGCCAUAACUUCGCCACUGCGACAAUGGGCCAACGGUUGCUUUGCAUAUAAAAGCUGGUUGAGACAAGCCCUUAGACAACAGUCGAUUGACAGCCACAGCCACAGUUCACAGCCCAUAUCCAGCUUCAGUUCCAGCAUGAGUGCCCUGUCUUCCAGCAUUGGCCUUUGCAUGUUCCUGUGUGCAUUGGCCGCUGUACAGGCUUCCAUCAUCGCCAGCCACAGCCAUCCCGAUGAGUUGAUCUCUAGUCCGGCUCAGUAUGAGUUUCAGUAUGCAGUCCAUGACAGCCACACUGGGGACAUAAAAGAUCAGUUCGAGCAUCGUCGUGGCGACUAUGUGACGGGCCGUUACUCGCUGAUUGAGCCCGAUGGUCAUCGUCGCAUUGUGGACUACACCUCCGAUCCGCUGCUGGGUUUCAAUGCUCAGGUGCGCCGUGAGCCAAUUGGGAGCGUCUACCAACGCUACUGAAGCAGACAACACUGAAGAGGAACUAUAAUAUACAUAUAUC